GUGGCAGGAGAGCCAGGGAGCUGACAUGGAGCGGCCGGAGCCGGAUGCGGCCUCUGACGACGCCAUGGACUCGUUCCUGGAAAAGUUCCAGACCCAACCUUACCGCGGCGGGUUCCAAGAGGACCAGUGGGAGGAGGAAUUUGAAAAGAUCCCCCUAUUUAUGAAGAAAGCGCCAUCAGAAAUUGAUCCCCAGGAGAAUCCUGACUUGGCUUGCCUGCAGUCAAUUAUUUUUGAUGAAGAGCGAUCUCCAGAAGAACAGGCCAGGACCUUUAAAGACGAGGGCAAUGAUUACUUUAAAGAAAAAGACUAUAAGAAAGCUGUGAUUUCGUACACUGAAGGAUUAAAGAAGAAAUGUGCAGACCCUGAUUUGAAUGCUAUUCUUUAUUCCAACCGGGCAGCAGCACAGUACUAUCUGGGCAAUUUUCGUUCUGCUCUCAAUGAUGUGACAGCUGCCAGAAAGCUAAAACCCUGCCACCUGAAAGCAAUAGUAAGAGGUGCCUUAUGCCAUCUGGAACUGAAAAACUAUGUCGAGGCUGUGAACUGGUGCGAUGAGGGGCUGCAGAUAGAUGCCACAGAGAAGAAGCUUCUGGAAAUGAGGGCUAAAGCAGACAAGUUGAAGCGAACUGAACAGAGGGAUAUAAGGAAAGCAAAGUUGAAAGAAAAGAAGGAGCAGAAUCAGAAUGAGGCCUUACUCCAGGCCAUCGUGGCUAGGAACAUCAGGCUAGUGUCUGAAGCUGCUGGCGAGGAUGAAGAUUCAGCCUCAGAAGGUCUCGGUGAGCUCAUCCUGAGUGGGCUCACUUCUGAGAACCUCUACGGAGCCAGGCUGAGUGUAGAUGAUGGGGGAAGACUGAGCUGGCCUGUGCUCUUUCUGUACCCAGAGUAUGCCCAGUCGGACUUCAUCUCUGCUUUUCACGAGGACUCCAGGUUUAUUGAUCAUCUAAUGGUGAUGUUUGGUGAAACGCCCUCUUGGGAUUUAGAGCAAAAAUACUGCCCUGAUAAUUUAGAGGUCUACUUUGAGGAUGACGACAGGUCAGAACUAUACCGGGUGCCUCCCAAGAGCACCCUGCUGCAGGUGCUGCAGCACCCCAGGUACUUUGUAAAAGCCCUGACACCAGCAUUUUUGGUCUGUGUAGGAUCCUCUGCUUUUUGCAGGAAUUAUCUCCGGGGGAGAAAGGUGCGCCAGGUAAAGUGACCGGGCCAUGCUGUGAGAGCCAGGCCCCUUGGACCUCCUCCCCCCUCCUCCUCCUCAGCCUGGGGUCUAGCACACUUGAAUCAGCAGGACCUACUCCUAGAAUCCAGCACUUUAUUUCUGUCACCCUGGGGACAGGCCUUCCCUGCAUCGUGGUUGGGGAGGAGCUGCUGACUUCCUGAACUGCAGCCUCUCUGGUCAGAGUGCUGAGCUCCAGCUGGUCUUCACUCACCUCUCUUGAUACAAAACUCCGUGCCUUGGUCAUGACAUCCUUGGACUCACUGUGAGCUGUGUUAACCACCAGCCUCCAUCUCUGACCUGAGGAACUCACUGGUCUGUGGAUGCUGACUCACAAUCCAGUGACGUGGUUCUGAACCUUUGUGGAGUCAGAGGCCUUAGAGAAGCUACGGCUCACACUGCAGACAUACACAAACCAUGCGUGUAAUUGUAAGGUAUCAGAGCUGAGAGACUCGGGCCUCCCGUGACUUCAUGAGCACAGACAGCUGCUCUGUGGGGAUGCUGUAGAUCCCUUGGGGUGAGAUGGGGCCAGGAAAGCCAGGUCCUGUUUCUGCAUCUAUAAAGACCUACAAACUGGGGUCCUCCAGAACCCCUAAAAUGUUUGUCACUUUUCCUGAUCUUUGCAGUAUGGAGAACUGUGACAUACUUGGACAGUAUGUCAGUUUUCACAUUUCAGAAUUUUAUGCCUUUUAAACUGGGAAAUCUUUUUGUAUGUUGAGUCACUGUCAAUACGUUGUAUUUUUGUCUGCAGCUAUUUGCUUCCUCCUUCCUAGAGGAUUUUAUAUACCCUUACCUUGGGUUGCCCACCCCGUCCCCCAGGGAAGAGUGUACUUCCCUGCUCGUGAUGCAAAGGGAUGUGAGUGGACAUGUCCAGACUGAGCUUACAGAGCAUCGUGUGGUAGGCUUUUGCUCUUUUCUCUCUGCCGUGGGAACAUAUUUCCCAGAGAGGGGCUGUUCCUUUAGCCUGGGUGUCAGAUGCUAAGACACAUGGAGCAGAGCUGAAGCAGCUGGCCUGCAGCCAUUGACUGUAACAUGAAUGAGAAAUAAAUGUUUGUUGUAGUAAUAA